AUGGAUUAGGAAUUCGCAUUGCCCUCUAUGCAAAAUGAAUAAAAAUAUAAUGAGUUUAUGGGCCAUAUUCGGUAACUUUUGGAUAGAAACAAAGUUAAGUCUCAUAACAAUAUAAACCCAUUAAGAAUUCCGAAUAAUUUCAUAUUGAACAAGGGCACUAAACAAGGUUCUAGGAGAACAUUGUUUGAAACGAAAGUAAAUGAUGAGUAAUCAUAAUAAAAAUAAGUGCAAAAUUAAUAGAUUUUGAGUGAUCCCACGGAUUCAUAGACUUAAAGAGUAUUAUAGUAUUAACAACGGAUUGGGUUGGUAAGGAAACAUGAUAAGACCGAGAUGUAAUUAAGAUAGAUUGCGUAGAAACAUAACAUAAAAUGGUGA